AUGUCGUCACAAAACAUUCCCAAGGAGUGCAGCGUGCCAGGCAAGAGCUGCUACCAGGUGUGGCGCACCAACUUUGAGAUCGACGAGAAGUACCAGCCCAUCAAGGCCAUCGGCAAGGGCGCCUAUGGCGUCGUGUGCUCCGCCAAGAACGCAGAGACGGGUGAGAAGGUGGCCAUCAAGAAGAUCACCAACGCCUUUGAGAACCUGGUGGACGCGAGGCGCACGCUGCGCGAGAUGAAGCUGCUGCGCUACCUCAGGCACGAGAACGUGAUUGCUGUGCGCGACCUGAUGCGCCCCGCGUCGCGCGACGCCAACGAUGUGUACCUGGUGUACGAGCUCAUGGACACCGACCUGCACCAGAUCAUCCGCUCCUCGCAGCCGCUCAGCGACGACCACUUCCAGUACUUCAUCUACCAGGUGCUGCGCGGCCUCAAGUACAUCCACUCCGCCUCUGUGCUGCACCGCGACCUCAAGCCCUCCAACCUGCUCCUCAACGCCACCUGCGACCUCAAGAUCUGCGACUUUGGGCUGGCGCGCACCAGCACUGAGAGCAACAACUUCAUGACGGAGUAUGUGGUGACCCGCUGGUACCGCGCCCCCGAGCUCCUCCUGUCCUGCGACUCGUACGACGCCGGCAUCGACAUCUGGUCGGUGGGCUGCAUCCUGGCGGAGCUGCUGCACCGCAAGCCGCUGUUCCCGGGCAAGGACUACAUCGACCAGCUGAAGCUGAUCAUCCGCACGCUGGGCACGCCCAGCGACGACGAGCUGUCCUUCAUCUCCGCCCCCAAGGCCCGCGCAUACAUCAAGGCGCUGGCGCAAGUGGAGCGCACCGACCUGGCCAAGCUGUUCCCGGGUGCCAGCCCGCUGGCGGUGGACCUGCUGGGCCGCAUGCUGCAGUUCGACCCGCGGCGGCGCAUCACGGUGGAGCAGGCGCUGGCGCACCCCUGGCUGGCACAGCUGCACGACGAGGCGGCGGAGCCGGCGGCGGCGGGCGUGUUCAAGUUUGACUUUGAGGAGCAGGACCUGGAUGAGGCGGCGGUGCGGCAGAUGGUGUGGGAGGAGAUGGAUGCGUACGACAAGUGA